AUGCGUGGUAUUUCAGAAAGCUCACCGACUCGCGCAAUGGCGGAGGAUUUGGAUGUCGAGGCAAUGCUGGAGGCGCCAUAUAAGAAAGGGGUAAGGCUUAAUUUUUUUUUUCUCUCUUUUUUUUCUCUGUGUGUCUCGGUUUGCUCCUUCGAGAUCCUGACUUUUUUUGUCCUCUGAAAUCUACCUAAUCUCGAACGCGCAAGAACAAAUACGGUGCCGUACCAUUCUGGGUAUGUUUUGUCGUGUUGCGAUCGAGAAAAAUAUGAAUCGUCCUUCCCUUCCCAUAUAUACAUGUAGAACAAAGUACGCCCUUGUCUCAUACCGACUAUUGAUCAAUACCUCCGUUUUCUGUACUUAUAGAUGGUACGUAACAUGUACCCUCGCGCUCGUAGGAUGUUCGGCAGCGAGUUCCUAGAAUGCACUUGAAAUACGAGGUAUUAAGAAAAGCCAUCACUAACAUCAUUUUUACUUAAUUCUUUUUUCUUUAUUUAUUUCUGAUCUUUUUUUUUAAUUUUUUUUUCUCAGAAAUCGUAACGUUUAUUAUUUUACGACGUAGAUAGAAUUGCUACUGCCACUAUUUUACGAUUAUAAAACGACAAAGAAAAAUAUAUAUGCGAAGUAUAAAGAUUGUUUAUAUUAAUUUUAUUUAAAAAGAAAAGAGAAUAACAGACAUGAAAGAUGGAUUUGUUAGGUGCUGUUCUGCCAUGUGCCAUGCUAUUCCAUUCAUUUUUAUAAUGUUAUUUACGCGUGGAAAGAACAAAUCAACUGGUUUGUAUAAGCAUCGAUUAUCUUUUAUAUACAAAAUCAUCAAAAUUAUUGCCUAUAGUAUUUUUUACAAUAGACGGGUAUAAUUUCUACUGAUUGUGACUAUCUAUUAUGUAUCUUUUGUAUUGUUAGGUGGGACUAUAAGGUAUUUUUUCGGAUUUUAGAAUUUCGAGCACUUCUACAUUGGCUUUGUUUUCUUUCAAUUCAUCAGGAGUCUUAUUUAUAAUCAUGUAUUGAUUCUCUUUUUUGAGAAAUUAUGUGUUGGUGCAAAUAUUUAAGAAAGUUAGGAAGAUAUUGGUAUUAAUAAAAAACUGUAUCUUAAUUGCUAUUAAUGUUUAUGAUAUUAAAUUAUAAUUAUACACAUUGUAUAAGAGCUACAGUAUAAUUCCUGUUAGAAGUUCUACAUGUUUUGCAGAUAGGGAUAAGUGUAACAAUCAAAUUUAAUUUAUUUAGCAAUCAAAAAUUGCUGAAUGUUUAAGUAUGUAUUUUCAAUGUGUAAAAUAUGUUAUUGAAAACUUUUAAAAAUGUAUAUUGUCAAGAUGUUUUUCAAUCAUAUGGUGGACUUUUGUUUUUAACUAUAGCAUUACAACUAAGAAUAUUAGUACAUUAAGAUGCUUAUGGUGUUCUCAUCUUUUGUAAUUCUUAUAAUUUUUCAUCAACAUAACAUUUUAAAGUUAGAAGUGCAUAUUGUACUUCACACAGAAAAAUGCAUGGUAAAUUGGCAAGCAGGAAAUAAAUUAUUCAAAUGAGAAAAUGUUUUAAAAUUAUGCAACAAAAAUUACUGAAGAAUUGGUAAUUAUUUAGAGGAUCAAUUUUAUUGAUAGUAAAAUUGAAAGAAUAAAACAUCAGUAACAUAUACAUGUAACACCAUUGUCAUCAUUCCAUUGCAUUAAUGCCAUAUACCAUGUGUAUGUUCGCUCGUGUGAAACAUUUUCUCUAUACAGCUCUAAAUCAUCUUGUGAUAUAUCUACUGGAAGCUGCAAAUGAUUGUUGAUCGUUUUGUGAAUUGUGAUAUAGUUAAAUCAAUUAUACAUGCAGGGGCUGUAGGUUAGCAAUUAGGGUUCACAUUUCGUGUUACAUUAAAAACGUACUGUCUUUGAUGAGGGCUCUCUUUUGCAGAAGAAAAAGGAUGUGUGGUUGGCCAUUGGUAGUUUAAGACCAAGGCAUGCUCAACCCAAGAUUGCAAUGCUUUCCUAAAACCCGAUAAAACGAUUGGUAAGUUUGAGCCAGGUGUAUGCGAGGCGUCGCAACACUAUGCUCGCCCCGUCUCUCUCUGUCUCUCUCUCUCUGUCUGUCUCUCUCUCUUUCUUCUCUGUGUCCUCAUCUCAGCCCCCUCCGACCGAUAUAAUCUACCUGGAAAAAGAGAAAGAGCACGAGAGUGCAUCACCGCCCGACAGCAAUAAAUCUUCGUUAACAGUGUUCAAAGGAAUUAUCUCUACAUGGUUACAGAAAAAAAAGAAAAAGAAUUUUAAACAGAAGACAGAACUUCAAUUAUUGAGAUACAUUUUAUUUUGAAACUAUUGUCAAAAUUUAAAUUGUACAAUAUGUACACAGUUUUGUCUUUAUAAAAUUUACUAACGUUCUAUGAUUUGCUUUUUGUCCCCUUGUUCGCGCGUCCCUGCCACAUCGACUGGCUGGCAUGGCAUUCAACUGUUUGCUGUUCGUAGGAGCAGGACUCCUCAUCCAAAGACAAAUCCUCCAAGGAGAAUGGGUCUAGCCGUAAAUCAUCUGGGUAGGUGUAUUUUAUAUGCUACAAUUAAUACUAGAAACAUAAUUUGUGCUCACUACCAAAAUUAAUAUUUUAAUCGUCAAACCUAUUAAAAUCAGUAAUUAUGUUAUUUCUAUAAAUAACAGUAAAUGACCUUAUAUAUAUGUAAUAUUCGAACUUCAUAUUAGAGAAUGAUGAUAAACAAAAAUAAUAAUUUAGCAUGUUCAAAUGUAUACCCUUAAUUUAUCACUGAUUUUUCGUACAAAUAUUCGUAUCUGAAUCAGUAUUUUUUUGCAUCUUUUGAUGUAAAGUUAUUGUCCUAUUUGCUGUUUGUAUCAUAUAAAAAUGUGUAGCUUAUCUGGAUUAGCCAAUAAUAGCAAAAGUCGUUACGUAUUUAAAUUACUUGUCUAAAAAUACACUAGAUAAAAAUGGUACGGAGCACGAAAUAAAUAAAUUAGGUUUAUUUUGUUUAUUAUUAUUAUAUAAUAUUAUAAUACAUUUUUUAUUGACUAAACAGAAAAGCAAAUUUGCUGAUCUGAUAAAAAAACAAUGAAAAGAAAAUAGAUUGGAUUUUUAAGUCUUUGUUUUAGAUGAAAAAAGGUAUCUAUAGUUAAAAAAUUUUAUGAAUUUAUUCAAUUUUUUUAUAUUAGUUUUAUAUUAGUUUAAAAUUAAAUUUAAUGCAUGGUUCAUAAUAUGAUAAAGCACAUGUGUUCAUAAAUAAUUUACUUUGUCUGAACCUUUAGCAUUAUAGAUAUUGAUAUAAUCAUUCAAUUGUAUGUGAACAUUUCAAAUUAGUCAUUUGGUACGUACAUAUAGCUAUUUGAAGUUAUAUUCUCUUUGUUAUAGACCCCAUACAAUUAGUGUAAAUGCUGGUUAUUUUCAUAAUUCCAAAGGUUAGACCUGAAGAUGGUAAGUAUUUAGGCAGAAUAUCUGUACUAUACAGAUUAUAUUAAAAAUCUGGAGUGUAACAAAAAAAAUCAUUAAACAGAAUUAAAAAUAACAAUUAAAACAUGCAAUAAUAACACUUGUACAGAUGUUAUAUUCUACAAUAUAUUGAUUAAAUUAUUUUUAUCACAUGUGUACGUGUGAUUUAAUUAUACAUACAAUAAUUAAUUAUGUUAAUUAUUAAUAUUACCAUCAUUUACUUUUUUGAUUAUGUUUAUCAGUUAAAUCAUACUGUGGAAAAUGUAAGAAGAAACUUUCUUAUUACUAAGGGUUCGGAUUAAUAAGUUGAAAUAUUAUAGUGGAAAUUAAACUUAAAAUAAUUGAGUUUAAUUCAUUAUUUAUUCAAGCACUUAUUGUACAUACACAUAUAUCAUACAGUUAGUUCAUUUAAAAAUCUUUUAAUAUGUAUCAUUGGUUUCCUUUUUUUUACAGGAAGAGCAAGCAUCGUUCUCGUUCUCGUUCUCGAUCACGAGAUCGUCGGGAAAAAGAUCGUCGCGAUCGCGACCGAGAUCGAGACAGAGAUCGAGAUCGUGACAGAGACAGAGAUCGCGAUCGCGACCGUGAUCGGCGACGUAGAUCGAGAUCAAGAGAUCGGAGAGACCGCGAUAGAGACAGGGAUAAUAGCGAUAGAGAUAGGGAUCGACGAGAUAGAGACCGAGACCGAGACAGAAGAAGGAAACGAUCUCUUACACCAAUUACUCUUCCCAGAGCAAGACUACCAUUUGGAAAGGGCCAGAAAUGAUGAGCUGACACCAGAGGAACGAGAUGCCAGAACGGUGUUCUGUAUGCAAUUAAGUCAGCGUAUACGUGCUCGAGAUUUGGAAGAAUUUUUUUCCAGUGUAGGCAAAGUUCAAGAUGUUCGACUUAUUACAUGUAACAAAACGAGAAGAUUUAAGGGUAUUGCAUAUGUAGAAUUCAAGGAUCCUGAAAGUGUUACAUUGGCACUUGGUUUAUCAGGCCAGAAGCUUCUUGGUGUUCCUAUAGUAGUACAACAUACCCAAGCUGAAAAAAAUCGCAUGGGUAAUUCCAUGCCAAACCUAAUGCCAAAAGGUCAGACUGGACCUAUGAGGCUAUAUGUUGGAUCUCUACAUUUUAAUAUUACAGAAGAUAUGCUUCGUGGAAUUUUCGAACCUUUUGGAAAAAUUGACAACAUUCAACUGAUCAUGGAUCCGGAAACUGGUCGAAGCAAAGGCUAUGGAUUCCUGACUUUUAGGAAUGCUGAUGAUGCAAAGAAAGCUUUGGAACAGCUGAAUGGUUUUGAGCUUGCUGGAAGACCUAUGAAAGUCGGUAAUGUCACAGAACGUACAGAUCUAAUACAAGGUCCAUCUCUUCUUGACACAGAUGAAUUAGAUCGAAGUGGCAUUGAUCUUGGUGCCACUGGAAGAUUACAGCUAAUGUUCAAACUGGCAGAAGGAACUGGACUUGAAAUUCCUCCUGCAGCUGCGAACGCGUUAAAUAUGGCUCCAGUUAUGUCGACGCCACAACCACCUCCACAAGCUGCUCCUCCUAUAGCGACACAGUGCUUUAUGUUAUCGAAUAUGUUUGAUCCGCAAAAUGAGACGAAUCCGAAUUGGGCGAAAGAAAUUCGUGAUGAUGUCAUUGAAGAAUGCAACAAACACGGUGGUGUGUUACAUGUGUAUGUAGACCAAGCCUCUCCUCAGGGUAACGUUUAUGUUAAGUGUCCGUCAAUAGCGACAGCAGUUGCAGCUGUUAACUCGUUACAUGGUAGAUGGUUUGCUGGCCGAGUAAUUACAGCCGCUUACGUGCCAGUUGUAAAUUAUCACUCGUUAUUCCCGGACGCGAUGACGGCUUUACAAUUACUGGUUCCGAGCGCUCCGCGAAGGGGAAUGUGA